UUUAUUUCAACGGUGAUGGCGUCGAAAAAUCAUCGAUGGCUCGUUGACUCUGGAAUUCUACGUAAAAAAAAUAAUGAAGAGGAACCACAGGAGCUAUUGGUGUUUGGAUACAGCUGCAAACUAUUUCGAGACGAUGAGAAGGCCAAAAUGAUUGAUCACGGGAAGCAUUUGAUACCGUGGAUGGCUGAUAACGCAUUAAAGAUAGACAGGUGUGACCCGAGCGCUGGACAACUUCUUCCUGGAGCGGGGCAUCCAGGACAGGUGAUGAAUGGGCUUCUUGUAUCCUUGUCAAUUUUCAAGAAGUAUCCUUGUUGUCGACGAACUUCCCUCCAGCAAGGUGAGAGACAGGGUAGAGAGUCAAUCGACAGCCGAGAAUUAUACGAUGGACGCGGGGCACUGGCGGAUUUACGAGUUCACGAGCCGCCAUCGGGUGGUUUUGAUGCACGUACCAUCCUGACCGAAGAUGAACUUAAAAUUGAGCAGCUUUGCGAUGAAGAAAGGUAUCGUUCUCUCUACAACAAUGAUGCUGAAGAAUUAAUGUAUCAUGAGGAAGAAAUGAAAAGACUACAUCAAGCUCUAGGAAGUGACAAUACUUAUGGACAAGUCGCUUACAAUUAUGAUGACCAAGAUAAUCAAAUUGGUGUAGGUGAUGAUUCACAGAGUCCCAAACCAUCAGAUGGCUCACAAGAUGAUGACGAUCAGGCUUUUACUCUUCCUCCUGAAUUAGAAGCGCCCGAAGGCAUGGUUAUGCCGGAAACGCAAAAACUUAAUGCCAUUAUUACGAAAACAGCGUUAUUUAUAAGUCGUCAAGGCAGUCAAAUGGAAAUUUUAAUAAAAGCCAAACAGUCAAAUAAUCCACAAUUUGCAUUCCUUUCAAUAGAAGGAGCACUUCAUCCUUAUUACAAGCUGGUUCUUGAUGCUAUAAAACAAGGAAAAUAUAAUCCAGAAAAAUUGCCCGAGAAAGAAGAGUCUGAGUCUGAUGAAGAGUCGGAUGAAAAUGACGAGCCAUAUCUACAUCCUAGUCUUGCAUCGUCAUUGACUAAAGUUGAAGCGGCGCCAAGUAUACCGAGUAUACAGUACAAACCAUCAGCAGACUGUGCGUAUUCGAUGUUAGUCAACAAAAUUACGGGUAAACCGCCACAAUCAAAAAAUCCACCAUUUUCACCUGAACUUCCUGCUCAACAAGUACCGCCGUCUGAAUAUUGUCCACCGGUAUCUUCACAGAAUUAUGCUGCUUAUCCACUUACACCACAGCAAUAUUCUCACGGUCCAGUAAUUUACGGUCCGAACGGACAAGCUCAACAGCCAUCAAUGGCAUUUAUGUCAACAGCAUCAGUUCCGGAUGCUCCAUCAACACCAGUAAUAAAAGAACCUCCCGCACCACUCGUACCUUAUGGACCUACUCCACCUAAACCUUUAAGUAGACCUUCUUUUAUUGUCCCACCCGCUGAUGUACAAAUAAUAAUUGAUAAGAUGGCUAGCUAUGUUGCUAAAAAUGGUCGUGAUUUUGAAGCAAUUGUGAAAGCUAAAGGAGAUGCUAGGUUCAAUUUUCUUGAGCUAUCUCAUCAAUAUCACGGUUAUUAUGCACAUAAAUUAACCAUUUAUGAAGGUGGUGUCAAUCCUAAAGUACUUACGGAAGAAGAGUUGUUGCGCAAACAAGAGCCUCAAGAAGAAAAACAGAAAAGGUUAGAAGAAAUUCAGAAAAAACAACAAAGAAUGGAAGAAGUACAAAAAAGAGUUAAAAUGAUCCAAGCGAAAAAGAAAAGUGAAAAACAAAUUACCACUGUAUCAUUUUCAAUAAAAAAACCAAAAGAUAGUGAUACUACUGUGAUGGAAAAACGUAGCGCUUUGCCAAUGGAAGAAAGCGAUGAUGAGAAGGACGAUAAAGAUGAGAAAAAGGAUUCAAGUUCUAAAUCAAAUUCACCCUUAUUUGUUCUUGGUGAAGAAAAUUCUUCAUCAAAACAGAAUAAAGAAAUGACUACUUCAAAUAAUGAAACAGAAGAAAGAGACUUUGUUGACCUUACUGAUGAUAUCCUUGAAGAUUGUCGGAGUCAAGUUAAACAUAAGUCACUAGAAACAAAAAUAAAAGACAAGCUUGCCGCUGCUGCUAGAGAUAAACUUGCAUCUAGCUCGCGGGAAAAACAGCUUCAACUUGAAAGAAAGAAAAAAGCAGCCAUGUUUCUUAGCCAAAUUCAAGCACCUGCAUUAUCAAAAUCAAAUAUUGAGAUGAGAACUGAAGAUGAUUUGGAUGAAGUUCAUUCUAUUCCAUCGCCAACGCCUGAAGAAGUUGAGGAUUCACGGUCAAGAAAUAGUUCAUUAAUGAGUAGAUUAAAGAGCGCUGAUCUCGGAGUCAAACGGUCAAGACCAAAAUCACCGUCAAGAUCAAGGUCUGCCUCCAGAUCUAGAAGCCGAAGUCGCAGUUAUUCUGAUAGGCAUAAAUAUCACAAGAAACACAAGAAAAAGAAAAGUUCUCACAGAAGUUAUGAUAGUCCAAGUGCUUCAAGAUCACAUAGAGCAAAAAAAAGUAAAAAAUCUACGUCGAGACACAGAUCGCGAUCGAGAUCAUCCGGACGAAGAAGUACAAGGCAUUCACGAAAUCCAAAUGAUUCCAAUGACUCAGACUCAAACUCAUCGUGA